AGUGGAAUCAUCCUGAUUGUGCACCUAUCACCAUGGUUGAGACCCGUACUGGGCUAGAGACUAACCCCUAUAGCAAGGAGCAACAAGAAAAGAUGACUGCCUUAGUCAGAGAGAAUAGGGAGAAAAAAGAGCGCUAGAAGCAGACGAAGCUAAAGGCUAUCGCAGAUGAGCAGGCGGAGAAGAUGAAGAGGUUGGAGGAGGAGAUGAAGAGGGUACAACAGGAGGAGGAAGAAAGAAGGAAGGCUAUUGAAGCAGAAGCGGCAGCAGAAGAAGAGAAAGAGAGAAUGAGAAUUGAGAGUGGAGAAGGGAGCAGUGGUGGCACGAUGAAGUGGGAGACAAAUACUGAGCUGGAAAAGAAGAUCAGCGAGUGGGUCGUUAAUUUAUCGUUGGGGGAAGACAAGGAGGCGAGAGAGAGGGAAGACGAGCAAAAGUUAGCAUGGAAGUUGAGAAUGAAGACGAAGAAGAGGAGGAGGAGAGAGGAAGUGAAUAAGAUGACCGCAGCAGUGGCAAAGGUGCAGGAGUGUAGAGUGGAGGUGCUGGCCCAGCCAGAUGAUAAGGCCAAGUAUGACAAGGUACUGGGCUAUCUAAAGGUGUUGAGCAAGGCCUGGAUGGAAGAGCGCCAAGCAAGUUGGAGCCAAGAUAUAGGCUUGAGUGCCAUGCGGUCAGGGUUUCGAGACUUUGCGCGCGAGAUCGUCACCCAUAUUGGGGGCGAAGUCAAACAGUUGAGAGACAAUGUAGGGAAGUUUUGUGAGGGCGUCAUUGAGGGUGCCAAAGAUGUAGCCGCCGCAGAGGGAGAGGCCAGGUCCCGUAAGGACCCAGUGAAGCUUAAGUUUCYGGAUGCGUACGGGGGAAAGAAGGAAGAAAACUUUGGCAACUGGGAAGCCAGUGUCAAUAGUUAUAUUUACUUGCAGCAUAUCCUGGCCGAGGAACAAGUCCUUGUGGCCUUCCAGGCCCUCAAAGAUGAAGCGGCUAGCUUUGCCAGGUCUCUUGCGCGUACAGCUGGUUGUGAAAACAACCUGGCUACAUAUUCCAAAGUCAUUCCUCUUUCCCAAUUCCUCAAGCCCCUCAAGGAGCGGUUCGCUGACCCAACGUGAGGCAUUAGAGCCUCUGACAAGCUCCAAACGAUCUA